ACUUUGAUCAAGUUCCUUGUUCUUCCAGAAUAAAUUUGGGUUUUGUCCACACGGCCUGUUUUGACAAUAUAUGAAACCUGUUGCUCACAAGCCCGUCCAUCUUUCACACGCCUUGUGCUGCAAGGAAGCUUAUUUCCCUCCUGCGUGUCUACUCCACUUCUCCCUAUAUAUUUAAAUCUCUUCCUCUCCAUUUGCGUGUUUGUUAAUUUUUCUUUUCUUACUCAUGAUUAAUUGACAGCAAUUAAUUCCAGGUCACAUCUUUGAAUCUCAAUUGAAAAUGAAGAAAGUAGUUUUGAAAUUGGACCUACACGAUGACAAGGCCAAGAAAAAGGCCCUGAAAGCAGUUUCGGGCAUUCCAGGGAUUGACUCCAUUGCCAUGGAUAUGAAGGAGAGGAAAUUAACAGUUACUGGAGAUGUUGAUCCUGUAACCAUUGUAGGCAAGUUAAGGAAAGUCUGGCACACAGAGAUUGUGUCUGUCGGACCGGCGAAAGAGGAGAAGAAAGAUGAUGGGAAGAAAGAUGAUGGGAAGAAAGAUGAUGCCAAGAAAGAUGAUGCCAAGAAAGAUGAAGGGAAGAAAGAAGAUGAGAAAAAGAAUCCCAAUGAUCAGAUUGCUGAGCUUGUGAAGGCUUACAAGGCCUACAAUCCUCACAUGACACAAUACUAUCAUGUGGUGAGCAUUGAAGAGAACCCAAAUGCUUGUGUUAUAUGCUGAGAUGUUCUGCAUGAAUUGGUGAAUUGUUGAAGCCCAUUGGAGACAACCCAGAAAAGGUGUUGCUUGUUUUGUAUGGUUGAUGAUGGUGGGUUGAUUGAAAUUACAGUGUUAAUAAAAUGGAGAAUUGGGUAUAUAGACUAAAGAUAAAGUAAUUAAGUGAUGAUAAUUGUGAAUUCAAAUAUUCAAUAUUAUUAUAGUAUGGAUGGUAAAUCCAUAUAAGAAGUAAAAUUCAUUAACUGCA